CAGCAUCCAGCUGCUCUGUAGAGGUGAUACUCAGAGACUUCCCAGUUUUUGAACACCACACUGUUCUUACCUACUGGCCUUCCACCCCACGCACACAAAGAGAGAGAAGCUCAGAAGCCAUGUUUCCUCUCCGUCUACCCCUCCUGGCCACAUUGGUCAGUGUGGCGCUGUGCCAGUAUGAUGACUACGACUACCAGCCUGCAUCCAUGCUAGGACCCUCUGGGCCCAACUGUGAUCAAGAAUGUGACUGCCCAAUAAACUUCCCCAGUGCCAUGUACUGCGACAGCCGCAAGCUUAAGACUGUUCCUUUUGUCCCAACUGGGAUCAAGUACUUGUACCUCCACAACAACCAACUAGAAGGGAUCAAAGCGGGCGUGUUCGACAAUGUAACUGACACACUUCGCUGGCUGAUCCUAGACAAUAACAAGAUCACCAAUGAUAAGAUAGAAAAGGGCACAAUUGACAAACUCACAGCCCUGGAGAAGCUCUUCUUCAGCAAGAACGAGCUGACGGAGCCAGUCAUACCUCCCUCAAAGGCCCUUGAAGAGCUGAAGAUCAUGCAGAACAAGAUGUCCAAGUUCCCCUCAGGACUCCUGUCUGACAAGGAGAAUCUGACCUCCAUCAACCUGCAGCACAAUCAGCUAACAUCCGACGCCAUUGCUGGGGCCUUCAAAGGGCCGAAGAAGCUGCUGUCCCUGGACGUGAGCAACAACAAGCUGAAGAAGCUUCCAGCCGGAGUCCCGAGUUCACUGGAAAUCCUCUAUGCUGAUUACAACGAAAUCGACAGCGUCGGAGCAGGGUACCUGAACAAGCUGCCCGCUUUGAAGUACCUCAGGGUCUCCAACAACAAGCUGGUUGACUCUGGACUCCCUGCUGGGGUGUUCAAUGUGACGUCACUGGUGGAACUGGACCUGUCUUUCAACAAACUGCAGUCCAUCCCUGAGAUCAAUGAGCAGCUGGAGCAACUCUACCUCCAGGCCAACGAGAUCAACAAGUUUGACCUGGCAAGUUUCUGCAAGUUCGUCGGACCCAUCAACUACUCCCAUCUGAAGCAUCUGCGUCUGGACGCCAACAACAUCACACAAAGCAGCAUGCCUCAUGAUACAUCCAACUGCCUACGCCAAGCCUCAGAUGUCAUGUUCGAAUAAGAAACUCCCCUCCAUCCUGCAGCCUUUCAGUAACCCCCUCUUUGUCUGCUACCAUGGCACAGCUCAUCGCAAUGCCUUCUGGACUUUAGUGUCGUAGUAUCCCUCCUUUCACGGUACUCACAUUUUCGCGCACAUAAAAAAAUAAUAAUCUGGGGUACUACAUUGGCACCUUCAUUAAUUGCUUAAAUGUUAAAAAUAAAGAUAGAGCUGAGGAAAUUUUAGAGACGCCAGAAAACAAGCUGGUGAUAUUUUUGCAGGUGUACUUUGCACAACAUGAAAUCAGAGUGAUUUAUGAAGCAACAAAUGUAAUUGCUUGAAGAAACAUUAAGAAAAAAUAUAUAAAAUGAUGAAAAAACCUCAAAACUCCUGUGAGGAGUUUUUAAGUGGUCAUGAAAUGGACUGAAAUUAACAGUGAUGGCUUUUUAUGACCUGGAAAAGCAAACAAGAUUGUUAGAAAAGGAAUUUAUCAUUUCUGUUUUGUUAUUUUGAAGCCUGAAAUCGCUGUGAGGGGGUAGGUGUCAGAUGAGGUGAUUGACAGUGCAUCAAAUAAAAACCCUUCUUCUGCAGUAAAUAUUCUUAAUGAGUGAAAUAGUUGACUGUUAGUUGAAAGCAGGAGGAGAUAACAUAAUUUACACAUGUACAGGACAAAAUAAGCAAGAUCACUUAGUCCACAGGGGGGCGCCAAAGUCAACACAAACAGAAAGUUCCUCACAGGAGCUUUAAAAAUUACCAAUUAAAUGUGAUAUGGAUUCAAAUUAAUCCAUACACGUUGAUUGAAAACACACACUAAUACAUUCCAAACUUGUAUAUCCUGACGUUGAGUGCACCCACAAUGGAGUAAAACAACCGCUUCAAUGUCUUAAUCCACUCGUGGUGUUGUUUUGUUGUCUGUCUUGUAUGUUCCAGUGUUUUGCGAAUAAUGUGGGAACAAUUAUUAAUCCAUUGCUGUGCAAGGGACCAGCAUAUACUGACUUGCAUACCCAGAGUUCAGUGUGAAAUAAAUUAUGUAAGACAUUUUUCACAAAUGUACAAAAAAAAAACCAGUUACAGAGGAGUCGUGUUUUUUACAUCUUGACUGAAUCAAAGAGGUAUUAAUGAAAAUAGCAAUGCUAAUUAUCCAUGUGUGCAUUUCAUCCCCAACAUCCCUGAUGUGUCUCGUACAUAUCGUUCAAGUUUCAUGAGUUGGAGUCGAAAUUCUUGAUGUUGAAGAGUGAAAUAAAUCACACAUGGUUAAAAGUCAUUGGUAUCAGGAACCUCCAGCUGAAAGGAUCACAUUUUCAUGAGUCAAAUUGUGUCUUUAUGUAACUCCUAGCUGUCCACUGUCAUGCGCUUUCGCGAUUUGUAUACAACAUCUGCAUUACCUGCAUGCAACCAAUGGUACCAUUCUUUGAUAAUAAACUACAGCUUUUGCAGUUAAGGUGCUUUCAUUGUUACGUUGUUGUUGUUUACCAUGUUUGACACAUGUUUUUAGCGAUACGAAGUCUACUUGGCAGCAGGUCAGGUUGUGUUAAUAGAAUAUCACUUUUUUUUUGUUUAGGUCAUUUUUUUGGUUUCAUGGUGAUUUCUUUUGUGGCAUUUUGACUCAGUAACUGCUCUGGUUUUACUGUGAGGAGAACAAACACAGUUGAAUAAACUCUAUUUACAACAUAUUUGUAUGAUAUUGCUUUUUAAACCUGCUGGAGUUAAUGUCUGGGGUGUAAUGACACAAAGUAAUACGCUGAUUCAUCUGAAGGAUUAACCUCACUGUCUUAUGUACCAUCUAUCACAAGACAUUCUUUGUAAGGAGUUAAAUUUGUGACGCUUAUUCUUUAUUAAAUGUUAAAAAAGAUGGGUAUUAAACCUGGAA